ACCCUUUUAAGAGAUUGGCCUUAUCUUCUCUUAUCUCUAACACUACAUUUUCUCCAAACUCAACCCAUGAAUCUCAAACUACAACUGCAACAACAACCGACAACAUCAUCGUUACUAUCAAUGACAACAUUUUCAACUGAAUUCUUGUCACACACUCUCAAUUUCAGAAACCACCCAAACCGCACCUCUCGCCACUCAAAUCCCAAUUCCAUCGUCACUUCCUCAACCCCACUUCUAAACGAAGGCAACAUUAAUAAUAAUCAAAGAACACCAAUCAACCAAGAACAAUUCAGGGUCAAUGAAACAAGGCCAAAACUGGUUCAAAAUUGCGACUUUCGAGACACCAAUUCCAUCAAAGCUCUCGACAAGUCAUGCAAAUCAGGUAAAUACGACGAGUCUCUCUACUUACUUCAGCGAAUGGUUAAUAGGGGUUUUAAACCUGAUGUUUUUCUUUGCACAAAAUUGAUUAAGGGUUUAUUCAAUUCUAAGAAAAUCGAGAAAGCUAUUCAAGUUAUGGAGAUUUUGGAAAAACACGGUGAGCCUGAUGUUUUCGCUUAUAAUGCUGUUCUAAAUGGGUUUUGUAAAGCUGAUAGAGUUGAUGCUGCUAAUAAGGUGCUUGAUAAAAUGAAAAAGAGAGGUUUUUUUCCUAAUGUUGUUGCUUAUAAUAUUCUUAUUGGGAAUCUUUGUGGGAAGGGUAAACUUGAUUUGGCUUUAAGAGUUAUGGAUCAGUUGUUGAAAGAUAAUUGUAGGCCAGAUGUUGUAACUUAUAAUAAUCUGAUUGAAGCAACUAUUAACGAAGGUGGUAUCGACGAAGCUAUGAAGCUUUUGGAUGAGAUGUUGUCGAGAGGGCUUCGACCUAAUGCGAGUACUUACAAUGUUGUUGUUAAUGGUAUGUGUAGAGAAGGGUUGUUGGAUAGAACUUUUGAGUAUUUGGAUAAAAUGAUAUCAGAUGGUCGUUUGCCUGAUAUUAGUUGCUAUGACUCGAUCUUGGCUUCUCUGUGUAAGAAUGGACAUGUUGGUGAAGCUUUGCACAUCUUUAAGAAGCUCAGUGAAGUGGGCUGUCCUCCAGAUGCAAGUUCUUAUAAUACAUUGUUUGGUGCAUUGUGGAGCAGUGGCAAUGAAAUUAGAGCGUUAUGGAUGAUUCUAGAGAUGUUAAGCAAAGGCAUUGAUCCUAAUGAGAUCACCUAUAAUUCACUUAUUUCUCGCUUGUGCAAAGAUGGAUUGGUGGAUCAGGCAAUUGAGUUGCUGGCUGACAUGAUGGAGAGUCGCAAGUUUCAGCCUACUGUUAUUAGUUACAAUGCUGUUAUUCGUGGAUUGUGCAAGGUGCAAAGAGUCAUAGAUGCUAUUGAGGUGCUUGCUGCUAUGAAUCAGAGAGGAUGCUUGCCAAAUGAAACAACCUACACAUUGUUGAUUCGAGGGAUUGGUAUUGGAGGAUGGCGAAAUGACGCUAUGGAGUUGGCUAACUCACUUGUUAACUUGGAUGCUAUUUCGGAAGAUUCAUUCAAACGUUUGAAUAGAACAUUUCCUACUAUUGAUGCGCACAAAGAGCUUGCAAUAUCUGAAUGAACUAACUUCGUGGGCAUAAAAUUUAUUCAGGUCUUCUAAAUAAGAUUUUUUGUUCCAUUCAAUUAAUGAAUACCUACUUAUUUCUUGCUCCCAAUUUGUUUGUUGAUGAACGAUGCGAUGAUCGUGGCAAAGCAGAAGGAUAUCGAUGUUUUCAAUGCCUUGGAUGUGAUGCAUAAUGAAGGUUUCCUUAAAGAUCUCAAAUUUGGACCUGGAGAUGGACAGCUUCACUACUACUUGUACAAUUAUAGGAUUCGUAAUGCCAUGAAACCGUCCGAACUCGGGCUUGUGCUCUUGUAGCCAGAUAUGUUUUCUUUUUUAGUUUUGUUAUGCAAUUUGGAUAAACCAUUCACUUGUUUUGUUCUAUUAGCUUGUUGUUUCAACUAAACACCAUUUAUUGUUCCAUUGAAAUAUUGGCAAUUUAACAUAUUCAUGCACAGUAUGUGAAAAAGCUUAUCUUUUGGUGACUUUCUUUCUUCUGGUAUUAUGCUUACAUUGCAAAAUUAUGAAGUUGUUGUAAUCUGCUGCCUCAGUUUCAUUUUUUGCUCAUUAUGAUUUCUGUAUACAUUUUGCUUUUAUAUUUUGAAAGAACUUUCCUUCAAUUCUUACAAAAUUGUUUGUGUUUAGCUGGAUAUGUUUUGUUACUCAUGAAUGUUGGUGGCUGCCUAUUUGCUUAUUUAAUCAAAUUUGAAUUGAUACAAUUCGAGGUUUACAGGUGUCGGUGUCUAUCAAAAUAUAAUUUUAUUCGUUAAUUUGCUGUUCUUGCUUUGGAUUUAUCAGUAUCUACUUUUGAUUGUUAGUAGGCUUUAUCAGUAGCUGGUUUUAGAAGGUUCUUCGAGUACUUAGAUACUUAUUAUUAUGUUGUGGUACCUGGUUAAGCUUAGCAUUGUAGUCUAUUUUAUGUUCUGUGAUGAGUUCAAGUUAUUUGCAUUGUUUUUUUUAUAUCAGUACAUAUUGUUGCUGAAUGAGCCUUGUAUCAUCCAAGGAAAAACACUUCAUUUGUUUUGUUUGAAUUAACAUGACACAUUUUGAGCUACUACCAGAAUCUUUAAUCUAAUGAAAUUUGUUGGUCAAUUCAAUUAAUGAAUACCAACUUAUUUCCUGCUCCUAAUUUGUUUGUUGUUCAAAGGUUUUUGAAGUUUACACAAAUAUCAAAUGGAUGGAUACUUCUGACAUACAUGUUUUGAAUUUCGUCCUCUUCUUCUCCUUCUUCUACUUCUGGUUCGGAUUUCUGGAUGUUGUUGGUGCCGUUGUUGCGCUUUGAAUUGCAGGUAUACUUAGGACAUUAUUGCUUGGAUAAUAAGAACUACUUGGCAACCAAAUUGCAGAAAUGAAGUAAAAUAGGCCAAUUAGAAUAUGAUCCUUUAGGAACUUAGAUAAAUUUAAACCAUCUUGUAAUCUAAUCUAAGGGUCUUUUGCCAUUUUAAAAACAAUGAUUGAAUUAUCUAUCAAA